AUGCCACGUAGUAGUACUACGAUAGAGGUAUUGCUUCGUACCUCCCCAAGCAUGACUCUGCUUGGAGCAAGCUGGUGAUUUGGCGUUAGCCUCACCAGAUUUCGAUCAACUCGGAUGGCUUUAUGCCAUGUAGUUGUACUACGAUGGAGGUCUUACUUGAAAGACCUCUGACCAAGCUACGACGCUACUUGAAGCGGUUUAGUAUAGCGGGAUCACAAGGAUCCACAGAAGCAUAGCUUCUGGCCCAAGUACGGGACUUUGACGACUUCAAGACCGAUACUGGCUGUUUGGAAAACAGCUGGCUCUCCAGUGGGGAACCGAUCGGCGAGGGCGCAUGAAGUUUUUGGGAAUGAGAUACACUUCUCAGCAGAAACUGCUGUUUGUGUAUCGCCACGUGAUCUUCGAACACGUGGAAAUUUUAAAACUUCAGUAAUGGACGCAAAGUGGGACAGCAAUGUGAUCGUUUCGUAGUAUUUGUAUAUAAUCGUCACUGAAAAAAACUCUUGCCAGAAAAAGUUGAUAUUUUGCGUUAAAGGAAAAGUUUCUGAAGUGAAAAAAUAGCUCAUAAUGUGCAGAAAUCAAGAAGAAAUGAAAUAUGACAAAAGAUAACGCCAGGAAAUCCAAUUCUAUUUUUUCUUUGACUCUUCAACAUUGAGGUUUUUACUUUCUGGCCGCUAUUUUGAAUUUUGCGGAAUCACUUCAAAAAGGACGUCAAAAAACUCGCAAAAAAAGAAAAAAAAAACAUUAGUAACGCGAAAAAGCGUGAAAAAAAGCGCGCCUCAAUGAUAAAUCUCACAAAUACCGGAAGCAGGCGAUUAAGCCAAUUUUUCUGUUUUUUUUUUGUUUUUCUCUGUAAUUUUGAAUCCUUUUUAGGAGAACUAUGAGACAGACUAUGGGGCAGCAGUUACAACGGCACAGAAAAAAAUCGUCAAUAAAAAAAGAUCAAAUCGUCUGUUUUCAAAUUUUUUUUAUAUAUUUAAAAAAAGUUUAUUUAGGAAGCUAAAAGACUCGUAUUGCGGACCGUUUCGUAGUAUUGAUGCUUUUCUGGCCGCAGUUGUAUCAUUUGUACCGAUUUUUGAUUGGUUACCUAAAUACGAUGUCAGGUUUGUCAGGAAUUUCAAUUUUUUCUUGAUUUUCUUGUUUUGUUCAGCUAAUAUUGUCUAUUUUGGAGUUGAAUUUCGUUAUAUAAGCUCAUUUUUUUGAUCCUUUAUCUAUAUUUUUUUUCAAUUACUAAACUGGAUCAAAAAUCAAAAUUCGACCUGAGAAGAGUAAAUUUAUUUUAUACAUUGUAUAAACAAUUCUUAAAAUUCACCACUUUCCUCAAUAUUUUUAUUUUUGUCAUAGUUUUGAGCUAUUUGAAUAUGAUUUUUAGACCAAUCAUUCUGGAUAAAUGUUUUUUAAAAGUUAUUGUUCAUCGGGAUUUCAAAAAGUAAAUUUAAUUUCAGAACAAACCUGGCUGGGGAUAUUAUUGGUGGCUUAACUACAGGAGUUAUGCAUGUCCCGCAAGGUCAAAAAAAUUCUAAUAAUUUUGAAAAAUGAGUGAAAAUUCAAGGAAUCGCCUAUUCGGUCCUUGUUGGUGUUGACCCAGUGUUCGGCUUGUAUUCUUCGUGCUUCCCGGCGUUUUUUUCUACAUGUUUUUUUGGGACUUCGAGACACGCUAGUAUAGGUAUUUUUUUAUUAGAAAAAUUCCAUUUUUUCAGGCUCGUUUGCUGUUGUAGCACUAAUGGGAGGUGUUGCCACUGAUAAAGUUAAAAAAAUUUUUUUUUGAAAAUCAAUAUUUAUAUUCAGGUGAUGGAAGCGAAUGUGGAUUUAUACCAAAAAUGGGACAAUUAUUGAAAAAUUCGGCCAUUUCUCCGAUUCAAGUUGCCGCCACGUUAACUUUUGCAUUGGGUAUUUGGCAGGUGGAUUUUUUUCAAAAAAAUUUUUGCAAAAAGGCCUUUUUCAAGAUUUGAUCACUUUUUCCAGCAUUUUGAGAGAAUUUAAUAUGAAUUUCCGGAAUAUUUUCAGACUGAAAAAUUUUAAAAUUGUUGUGAAGAAUUUAAAGAGGCUUGGAAAUUACCGAAAAUAUACCAAAAAAAAUUUAUUAAAGUCCAAUUUUCCUUAUGACUACAGUUCCUAUGCGGCGUGCUUCGGUUACAAUUUCUAAUGGCCUAUUUUUCGGAUCCGUUGGUCUCCGGUUUCACGACAGGUAGAUAAAUAUUUCUUUCCAAUCUAAUAGUUUGAUCCUGUCAUCAGCAAUAGAUCUAAUUUUUAAAGUGCGAACAGUUCGUUUUUCACGGCGUUUUUGUUAGUGGAAGAAAAUGCAAAUCCAAAAAUUAAGGAGGCGGGGUCUCAAAACCUCCGCCGUUCCCAUGUGACGUCAUAGAAAAAACACGUAAAAACAGGAAAUAUUAAAGGCGCAUUCAAUGGGUCAUGAGACGAAUUUAUUUCUCAUUAAAAAAUACGCGACUUUCCUUUUUUUUUUAUUGUUUUAAAACACAUGCCGUGUUGAAAGUUCGCGAAAUUCAAAGUAGCCACCAGAGAGUGAAAAAUAUAACUGGAUUUCUGAAAUUCAGUUAUAUGUGUGCCAGAGCGCCGCAGUGUAUGCACACGACACACUUAACUCUACGGGGAAAAUAUGGGCGAGGCCGCCGUUAAAAAAAACGCCGUGCUUUGCGAAAAUUACGUUGAAGUGUGCCAGAGCGCCGCAGUGUAUGCACACGACACACUACACUUUACGGAAAAAAACGCCGUGUUUUGUAAAAAAAUUAGGGUAAAAUUUUAGGAGCCGCCGUACACGUUCUUCUUGCUCAAUUCGACGAUAUGCUCGGUGUAAUUGUUCCGAAAAUUUCCGGGCCUGGAUACGUUUUCAGGGUGAUUUUGUCAAAUUAUAGAUCAAAAUACAGGUUUUAGAAAAAUAAUAUGAUAGAAUGAAGCUAGAAAUAUCUUUUUCAAGUCAAAUUUUUGCGUAAAAUCAAGAAAUUUCUACCGCAUAACCACCUAUACUCUGUUCAGAUUUUGAAUGUCAAGUGCAAUGACGUCAUUAAAAAACACUCUGUGGAUGGCUCGCUCUCUGAUUGGUUUAUCGCGCCAUUAGGGGCGGAGCUUGAGCGACAACUUGACGUUCAAGAUCUGAACAGACUAUAGGAGCAUUGAAAAUCGAAAUUUUCUCAAAUCCCAUGCUUCAAAAUUCAUUUUCCUGAAAUUCCAGCGUCUCUAUGACCUCGCAAUCCGACUCCCAAUCGUUAAUCUUCAAACUAUCGCCAUUUCUGUGUGUAGUUUGACCUUUCUCAUCGUUGGAAAGGAGAUUUUGUCCCCCUGGCUUGCCCGUAAGUGCAACCUUCGCUUCCCGGUACCUUAUGAACUUAUUUUGGUAGGGAUUUUGUUAGGGUGAAAUUUUAGAUUAACGAUUUUAAGGUCAUUAUUACAACUUCCUUGUCUUACGUCUUCAAUUGGCACGAUGCCAAUGAUGUUAUCAUUGUCGGCAAUAUUCCAGCUGGGUCAGUUUGAGAAAAAAUAUAAAUAAUAAUCUGAUGAAUCUGAUUUCUGUGGUUUCAUAUUUGUUUUUGAAAAACUCUGAUAUUCUAUAAGAUUUGUUCCUAAAAACUGGUCCCUAUAGAGGUAAUAGAAGUGGUUCCUUUAGGGCAACCUCAGGGACCACUUCACCAACCCCUAUAGGGGCCACUAAAGCUUGUGAAAGUGGCCCAUAUAGGAAUGAAAUUAAAGGAAAUUAAAAGGCCCCUAUAGGGAUCACUUCAGCUUUAAGGGCUAACGGGUCAGACCCUAAACCCCUAUAGGGAUCACCUAGAAUUCACCCCUAUAAGGACCUCUUUUUCGGCCACUAUAAGGGCUGUUUUUCAUACUAACCCUUAUAGGGUUCACUUAAGAAACACCUUUGUGAGGUGACGUGUGGCCACUAUAGUAGUUACAACUUCAGAACCCUAAAUUGGUCACUAAAAAUCGUUCCAGUAACUUUUUUCGAUCGAAAAGAAUAAAAAUCAAUUCCAAGCCUACAUGUGCCAGGGCUCUUUUUAAUAGUGACGUCAAUGUGGCACUUCCCUUAAAAAAUGGGGCAGUUCCUCCAAAAAAUGGCGCACUUCCCCCGAAAAAUGUCGCUCUUUCCCUGAAAAAUGGGGCAGUUCCUCCAAAAAACGGCGCACUUCCCCCGAAAAACGUGGCACUCCCCCCGAAAAAUGUGGCAUUUCCCCCGAAAAAUGGCGCCCUUCUUCCGAAAAAAAUGGCGCACUUCUCUCGAAAAAAAUGGCGCACUUCCCCGAAAAAAAUGGCGCACUCCCCCGAAAAGUGUGGCACUUACCCCAAAAAAUGGCGCACUUCCCUCGAAAAAUGGCGCACUUACCCCAAAAAAUGGCGCACUUUCCCCGAAAAAUGGCACACUUCCCCCACAUAAAUAAAAUUUUCUAGUCAAUUCCAUACUGGAAAAGCGACUUUUUCUAGGCUUCCUUUGCCCCAACUACCCAUGUGGUCCAUUCUAAAAGACUGUCUCGUGCAGUCAUUAGGAAUCGCCGUAGUUACAAUCGCGAUACACAUUUCGAUGGCGAAAAUGUUGGCCAAGAAGCAUGGAUACACUGUCGACGACAAUCAAGUUGAGAAAACCAGAAGAAGGGACAAUUUUGUCGAAUUUGAGGAGCUCUACGCCCUGGGUAUGACCGGGAUUUUGUCGGGACUUUUUCCGGUUUACCCGAUUUCGACGGCUCUCGGCAGGACCAUGGUCAACGUCAACAGCGGGUCCAAGACUUUGGUCAAUAAUUUUUUUCUGGUCUGGACAAAUCUUUGUGAAAAUGCUCAUGGAGUCGCAGCUAUUGACGGGCGAAAAAAAGUUUUAUCAUUUCCAAGCAAAAAAUUCCACGUUACUAACGUACACGUAUAGCUGAUCCACGGCUGGCUUGAGCCAUUGAAAAAGGGUCCUGGCACGAAAAUGGACGAGAAAGCGCCUGGCUCAUGGAGAGCGCAGACAGGCCACGCCCCCUAGCGUCCCAAGCUAGCCGUGAAUCAGCUAUAACCAUUCAACGAACUAUAAAAAUACGUUUUUUAGCUCUCCACGGUUUUCAGCAGCGGAUUAUUACUUGCCAUCAUACUGUGGAUUGGCCCAUUGCUCAGGGAUCUUCCCAAGGUUUUGAAAAACCGGAAAAUCGAGAAGAUUAUCGAUUUUCAGUGCGUUUUGGCGUCUAUCAUAACGGCGGCUUUGUAUUCAAUGUUCAAGAAAUAUGACGAGUUGAAGACUUUGUAUACCAUCUCAAAAAUCGAUUUUGUGAGUUAAGAAGCCGAUAGCGGAAAAAAGGGUCCUGACACGAUUGAAAAAAAAAGAGACAGUGCCUGCUUGGUGGAGAGCGCAGACAGGCCACGCCCCUCCCAAGUUGACUACAUUUUUUAUCGCUCAGUGUAAAAUUGACAUCAAAACUUAAGAGAAAUAGUUAAAAUAUGAAAAAUGAUAAUGUUUUUUCAAAGGGGCGCGCCGUAGCGCAACAGGUUGUGUGCCUGUCUACGGUCCACAGGGUCACAAGUUCGAUCCCCGCCCCAACCAAGGGGUUUAAGAAAUGUUGGUAGUGGGGAAACCACGACUUCAAAGCUCCUUCAUGUACCACCUCUCCGCGGUGAUGGGGAUCAACGACCAUUUAUGGCGGCAACGUCAUAAAUGGUCGUUGAUUCAAAAGUUAACGAAUUUUCCUCUCCCUGAUGGUUUCAACUCACAUUUGUCCCGCUCUUUCGAGGAUUUCAAAAACUGGGCAAUACUCAUAAAGUUGCCCCUUUGCACGGAAAUCUUUAGUAAAAGGCGAAAGAUUUUCUCGGUCAAAUGCAAAGGAACCAAAGUUGAUAUUUGUGAAACCAUGGAGAGAGACCCCGUGUUUGGCUGCCCCCGACUCGACGCGCCUUGCGCGUUCGGGUAUCUACAGACGCGCUGACCUUUUUGUGAAGAAAAGUUUAGCAAAUUUGGGAAAAGUCUCGAUUUAGAUGUUUAAACUGAACCAAGAUAUCUUGAAUGGAAGACAAAGAGGCGUGGCCUGUCUGUGCUCUCCACCAGCCAUGCACUAUCUUGUUUCUCAUCGCGUUAAGACCCUUUUUAUGAUGAUUCAAACCGGGAAAUUCUACGUUUCGUGAUCUUCAUUUAUAGCAUUCAGUUCAAUAGUUACCAGUUUUGAAAAACAUUAACAAGAAAUAAAAACUCUAAAAUCAAAAGAUAAACUGAUAUGUCGAAAAUUAAACCAUGAUGGGUGUUUCUAAAGUUUUUUUCUUCAUCUUUUAACGAUUUCUCUGAAGUUUUGAUGUCAAUUUUUCAAUGGCUUUUCUUCAGCGCGACGCCAGACGCGUAAGCCGCUGCGAGUCGGGGGCACCCAAACACCGGGUCUCUCCCCAUUAUCCCUUCGAUAACAACUCUGGUUCCUUUGCAUUUGACCGAGAAAAUCUUUCGCCUUUUACUAAAGAUUUCCGUGCAAAGGGGCAACAUUAUGAGUAUUGCCCAAUUUUUGGAAUCCCCUCGAAAGAGCGGCACAAAAAUGUAUAAAUCAAUACUUUCUGUAUUUCAUAUUCAAGACCUGAUUAAGUAUUGAAGAAGUGGUCAUGUUAGUGUAACAUAGAAGGGUAUCCUUUCAAGUACAAAUAAAGUAAGACUUCCAAAAACUCCAAAACGUUCGCACUUCAAAAACGUCUCAUUUUUAAGGCCGCUAUUUAAUUUCCUAAUAGUACAAAUACAAUAUGAUGAGAAUACGUUGAAACAAGCUUAAAAUUUUUUAUAAGAAUUUCGAGACAAUUGGGCUUUCAGGAAUUUUUCAGUGACUUCCAAGAAGAUCCAUAUGCUUUUUCAAGCUUUACACUUUGACCAUGAAAAUUGAAAAAAUUCAGACGAUUUGGAUAGUCUCAUUUUUCUCAACGGCUUGUAUCAACGUGAUGGAAGGUCUAGCGAUUUCGAUUCUCUGCGCCUUGGUUUCCAUCGUUUUCAGAUCACAAUGGUUGGUUUUUACUUCGAGUUAAGAAGUUUUAAAGUCUGCAAAGUUCAAAAUGGUUUAAUUUCUCGGAAAGUGAUAAAAAUACCUUGACGCACUGUAAAUUUUAUUUUUAACAUAAGUAGAACCGAACCUUCUUGCUCAAUUAGAACUGGAACUGUGAUUUUCUGGAUUAGAAAAACGCUUUGAAAAACUGUGAAAAGAUAUAAAUAAAGUAUUUGGAUUUUUUUCAAGAAGGCGAUCAAACUUCUUUCAGACCAAUCCAAAUAUUGAUAGCUUUUUGAUUGACUUUAAAUGCAGUGUUUGACGCUGAAUCAAACCUGGUCUCACAAGCUGCCACCCAUUUCCGUGGAAAAAAUUUAGUGUUAGGGACUCCCAAAAACCAAAAAGCUUCAGUAGCCAUUGAAAGUUUGUGCGAAGUUUCAGGGCAUCAUAAUCACGUUCAGAUAUAGCCAAAAAUUAUUUUUUAAGUGUCUUGAUAUCUAGUACUUUGACAAGUAAACAAGGACAGUAGAAAAGUAAUAAAUUUGAUAAUUUGCAUACUUUAGAGCCAUUUGGAUCCAACCCAGAACGUUUUUUUUCCGUGAAUUUCCCUUUUAGGUGACUUAUAACUUCUGGAAGCUCUGAAAUUUCUUGUUUCCUGGAGCUUUCCAACUAUUUAGCAUAUCUAAAGGCAAAGUCCAUUCAUAAAAAAAAAUUUAUUGAGUUGAAGUAGGUCUCAAAAAGUUUCAAGAAGAAAUUGAAAAUUGUGACUUGGUUAGGAGCUUCCAAAAAUUCUGACAUCUCAGGCCUCGCUGGUCAUACUUCACAAAGAGAGGCGAUAAUGUGGCAGAUGUGGAAUUUGGCGGAGUCGACCGCGACGCGGACCGCUACGCAGACCUCUGCGUUUUCCGUUUCGAUGGUCCACUCUUGUUCACCAACGUUGAGCGCUUCAAAAAAUCUCUCAAGGCUGUUUUCAGCGAUUGGGAGGCCAAGUUUGCCUCCAACAAGGUGGAUAGAUUACCUGGGAAUUCAUUUUUUUUUUUUCGAUAAUGUAGUUAGAGGUCUUUAUUUUAAUGUAGGACGGGUUUUUCUAACAAAUAAAAAGCAAAAAUUGAGCCAUUUGGUACCGAAAUUCCAUGAUCCUUUUGGAGAAAGUUCCGAAAAAUGUUCAAAUUUCGAGAUUUUAAAGUCCAAAAAAUCCAUGAACUGAUUAUUUUGGUUAAUCUUCUAGUUAGUAGGAAACCAAAAAAAAAGCUUCUUUCAGGCCAACGUCCCGAAAUUCUUCAUCAUUGAUUGUACCCCAAUCGCCUAUUCGGACUACAUGGGUAUCAACGCAUUGAAAGAUGUAUUUCAAUACAAUUCGGAUCAUUUUCAAAAUUAUUUAAAGAUGACAAAAGAGCUGCAGGAGCGCAAUGUUAACGUCUACAUUGCAGGGGCUAAUGGUCAUUCUCCUUCUCAAAAGAAAAAUCUUUAAAAAAAAGAAGUUCAGACUCGAUUCAGCGAAAAAUGAGCAGCAGCAACUUUAACAAGAUUCUGAAGGAGGAUCGACUUUUCUCAACGGUUCAGGAAGCGGUUUCCAUCGCCAGAAGGAAUGGGUUGGUUUGAAAAAAAAAAAGGGGGAAAAUCAAGAAAAAGUGGGAUUUGUAGUGGGAAGUUCAAAGAAAAUUUGUGUCCAAAUUUGCUGGUCUUUUUUUCUUCUUCCAAAGGUAAAGUCGAAAGGACCCUUUAUGGGCCUUUUCCGGGCCCUUUGAGCGUCCGUUAUGGAUCAAAAAGUGUCCAAUAAUUGUUCCUAAAAGGUGAGCAAUAGUUUCCUUUUCACUGCCUUUCUCCGUCCAUUUAUCGAACUUUAUCCACCUUUUGGGACCUUUUUUGGACCCUUUUUGGACUCUUUCUGAACUAUUUUUGGACCCUUUUUGGACCCUUUUGAUAAACACAAAGUUUUUAAUUUGAGAAUAAUCUUUACCAGUGACUGUGUAUGCACCAAAGUGUGCUACAGUAAUGAAAUCGGAAAUCAUUAAUGGCCGAGGUUUUCAGCAACCUUUUUGCACCCUUUUUCACCCUUUUUAGCCCACCUAGCAAUAAAGGUUCAAUAAAAGCCGCGAAACGGAACCUUUUUAGCGGCCAUUUUGCACCCGUUUUCCGCACUUUCGACUUUGGCAGUGCUCUAAAUUUCAGGCUGAGAGCUUAAAGGCGAAAAAAAUAACUUAAAAGGAAAUAAAUAGUAUAAAAAAAUUUUCUGGCCUUGAAAAAGCUUGAAAAUUGCAGCUUGAAAAAGUCCUGAUUUUAAUGUGAUGAUCCAGAAAAACGGUCUUUUUUGAGAAGGGUGGCGAAAAAUGGAAAAAUUAUAGUCAUUAUCAUUUUUUUUUUCGUCGAUUCCGUGCCGUUUUCAGAGAAGUUUUCAAUUUUUUAUUUACGGAGCCAUUCAAGCCCAUGAUAUUUUUUUCAUUUCCUCAAAAAUAAAAAUCUUCCGAAAAAAACGCUGGACUCUCGCCGUCCAUUCCCUCUUUCUUUCACCACGGCGCCAAACCGUCCCAAGUCGGGACACGCGAGCGACCAAAUAUUGCGCCAAGCAUAUGGCUCUUUAUCGCUUCUCGGCCUCUUGGCUAAGAUCAGUUUGUAGUUACCGUUCUUAUCGUAUUAACCUACGAUAUGAGCUCAUCGAGCUCUGUAUAGGUUAUUCCAUUUUUGGAGCCAAGGAAGGAUUCUGGAGCUUGCUCCGGCCUUCCGAGGGUCGUUCCGGCGUUGCACCGCUGUCGGACUCGGCCCAGACCUCGAGAGGGGUCGAAAAAGAACAGAAUAUCAAGUAAUAAGCAAUCUAGUCAGGGUUCCUCGGUGAAAAAUAUGAUCAGAACUCGAAAAAAAAUUGUUUAGAGAAGGCCUUCAGACCUCUUCUUUCAUUCUCUCAAUUUUAAAUAAGUUUUUGAAAUAUUUUAAAAUAGAAAAAGGUAUAUUAUUGAUAGACUUCGGCUUAGAUACAAUAUUAUGAUUUGCUGAAUAAAAGGUGCAGAACCUUUUCUAAAGCUUCAGAUGUGGUUUGAACGGAAAAAUUCUUUUUUUUUUAAUUUUUUUAUCUGGUGUUCGAAAGAACAUGGAAAAAAUUCAUGAAGGGUUUUUCAAUACUUCUGUACCUUAUAAUAGAACAGAAUGGUUGGAAUCUACAAAUUCAUCGAAUUUUGGUUCAGAGAGUUGUUCCACAUGUGAACGAAUUUUCCUUUUUUUUUUUCUGAUGGUUUCAACUCACAUUUGUCCCGCUCUCUCGAGGGGAUUCCAAAAAUUGGGCAAUACUCAUAAAGUUGCCCCUUUGCACGGAAAUCUUUAGUAAAAGGCGAAAGAUUUUCUCGGUCAAAUGCAAAGGAACCAGAGUUGUUAUCGGAAGGAACUAAGGGGAGAGACUCCGUGUUUGGGUGCUCCCGACUCGACGCGGCUUGCGCGUUCGGGUAUCUUCAGACGCGCUGACCUUUUUGUGAAGAAAAGUUUAGCAAAAGUAGGGAAAAGUCUCGAUUUAGAUUUUUGAACUGAACCAAGAUAUCUUGAAUGGAAGACAAAGAGGCGUGGCCUGUCUGCGCUCUCCACCAGCCAUACACUCAAAAAUUUAAUCCGGAUGUGUGAUUUUAAAGUUUUCUUCUUCAUCUUUCAACGAUUUCUCUGAAGUUUUGAUGUCAAUUUUUCAAUGGAGGGUUCAAACAGAACUCUUCUUCACAAAAAGGUCAUCAGCGUGGCAUAUUCAGACGCGUAAGCCGCCCCGAGUCGGGGGCAGCCAAACACGGGGUCUCUCUCCACAAUUUCUCCAAUAUCAACUCUGGUUCCUUUGCAUUUGACCGAGAAAAUCUUUCGCCUUUUACUAAAGAUUUCCGUGCAAAGGGGCAACUUUAUGAGUAUUGCCCAAUUUUUGGAAUCCCCUCGGAAGAGCGGGACAAAAAAAUGUCCGUAUUUAACAAAAUCCGAGAUAAAUAUUGGGGUAUAUGUCAAAAGAGCUGUGAAAAUCGUAAAGAAGUCAUAAACUUUUUGAAAAUUUCAAAUUCCAGUAGUGCCGCUCAAAUGCUCUCAACCACCAAGAGGAUCCAACUUCAAAAAAUGAGCAGCCAAGCCAGCAAUCCUGCAGUAAUCUUUAUAAAAUCUACCGUAACCCUUAAAAAACCGUUGAAACCAUCAGGAAAAGGAAAAUUCGUUCACAUGUGGAACAACUCUCUGAACCAAAAUUCGAUGAAUUUGUAGAUUCCAACCAUUCUGUUCUAUUAUAAGGUACAGAAGUAUUGAAAAAAACCCUUCAUGAAUUUUUUUCCAUGUUCUUUCGAACACCAGAUAAAAAAAUUUAAAAAAAGAAUUUUUUUCCGUUCAAACCACAUCUGAAGCUUUAGAAAAAGGUUCUGCACCUUUUAUUCAGCAAAUCAUAAUAUUGUAUCUAAGCCGAAGUCUAUCAAUAAUAUACCUUUUUCUAUUUUAAAAUAUUUCAAAAACUUAUUUAAAAUUGAGAGAAUGAAAGAAGAGGUCUGAAGGCCUUCUCUAAACAAUUUUUCGAGUUCUGAUCAUAUUUUCACCGAGGAACCCUGACUAGAUUGCUUAUUACUUGAUAUUCUGUUCUUUUCGACCCCUCUCGAGGUCUGGGCCGAGUCCGACAGCGGUGCAACGCCGGAACGACCCUCGGAAGGCCGGAGCAAGCUCCAGAAUCCUUCCUUGGCUCCAAAAAUGGAAUAACCUAUACAGAGCUCGAUGAGCUCAUAUCGUAGGUUAAUACGAUAAGAACGGUAACUACAAACUGAUCUUAGCCAAGAGGCCGAGAAGCGAUAAAGAGCCAUAUGCUUGGCGCAAUAUUUGGUCGCUCGCGUGUCCCGACUUGGGACGGUUUGGCGCCGUGGUGAAAGAAAGAGGGAAUGGACGGCGAGAGUCCAGCGUUUUUCGGAAGAUUUUAUUUUGAGGAAAUGAAAAAAUAUCAUGGGCUUGAAUGGCUCCGUAAAUAAAAAAUUGAAAACUUCUCUGAAAACGGCACGGAAUCGACGAAAAAAAAAAUGAUAAUGACUAUAAUUUUUCCAUUUUUCGCCACCCUUCUCAAAAAAGACCGUUUUUUUCUGGAUCAUCACAUUAAAAAUCAGGACUUUUUUUCAAGCUGCAAUUUUCAAGCUUUUUUUCAAGGCCAGAAAAAUUUUUUUAUACUAUUUAUUUCCUUUUUAAGUUAUUUUUUUCGCCUUUAAGCUCUCAGCCUGAAAUUUAGAGCACUGCCAAAGUCGAAAGUGCGGAAAACGGGUGCAAAAUGGCCGCUAAAAAGGUUCCGUUUCGCGGCUUUUAUUGAACCUUUAUUGCUAGGUGGGCUAAAAAGGGUGAAAAAGGGUGCAAAAAGGUUGCUGAAAACCUCGGCCAUUAAUGAUUUCCGAUUUCAUUACUGUAGCACACUUUGGUGCAUACACAGUCACUGGUAAAGAUUAUUCUCAAAUUAAAAACUUUGUGUUUAUCAAAAGGGUCCAAAAAGGGUCCAAAAAUAGUUCAGAAAGAGUCCAAAAAGGGUCCAAAAAAGGUCCCAAAAGGUGGAUAAAGUUCGAUAAAUGGACGGAGAAAGGCAGUGAAAAGGAAACUAUUGCUCACCUUUUAGGAACAAUUAUUGAAAAGCUGUAGCUGCAAUUUUCAAGCUUUUUCAAGGCCAGGAAAUUUUUUCACAAAAUUUAGUUCCGUUUAAGUUACUUUUUACGCCUCUGCUCUCGAAUUGACAUUCAGAGCACUGCCAAAGUCGAAAGUGCGGAAAACGAGUGCAAAAUGGCCGCUAAAAGGGUUCCGUUUCGCGGCCUUUAUUGAGCCUUAUUUUUCUUGGUGGGCCAAAAAGGGUGAAAAAAGGGUGCUGAAAGUCUUUGCCGUUGCUGAUGUCCGAUAUUGAUACUGUAGGACACUUUGGUGCAUACACAGUCACUGAUGAAGAUUAUUCUCAAUUUAUAAUUUUUUGUUUCUCAAAAAGGUCCAAAAAGAGUGGAUAAAGGCCGAUAAAAGGACGGAUAAAGGCUGUAAAAAGGAAACCGUUGCCACCCGUUUAGGAAUCAUUAAUGGAAACCUUUUGAUCCAUAACGGACGCCAAAAGGGCCCGUAAAGGGUCCUUUCCACUUUUGCAAAGAAGAUCGCUACGGGAGAAAACACUUGGGCGAAGAAAAUCGUGGAAUGGCGACCAUGGGCGAAAACUCGCGAAGUUGGACGACCCAAACCCCGUUGGCGAGAUGACCUACGAGCAGUUCUUGGUGAAAGAUGGGCGACAGUUGCGCGAACCAACAAACAUCUCUUCAAAUAUUCCAUGAUUUAGCAGAUACAAGAUUACUCUGAGGACUGAAUAAAUGUAAAUGUUAAUGUAAAUGCUUUUCAAAACUGGUGACUAUUGAACGGAAUGUUAUAAAUGAAGAUCUUGAAACGUAGAAUUUCCCGGUUUAAAUCAUCAUAAAAAGGGUCCUAACACGAUGAGAAACAAGAUAGUGAAUGGCUGGUGGAGAGCACAGACAGGCCACGCCUCUUUGUCUUCCGUUCAAGAUAUCUUGGUUCAGCUCAAAAGUCUAAAUCGAGACUUUUCCCUACUUUGCUAAACUUUUCUUCACAAAAAGGUCUUAAGAUACCCAGACGCGCAAGCCGCUGCGAGUCGGGGGCAGCGAAAUACGGGGUCUCUUCUCCACUGUCCCUCAAGUAACAACUCUGGUUCCUUUGCAUUUGACCGAGAAAAUCUUUCGCCUUUUACUAAAGAUUUCCGUGCAAAGGGGCAACUUUAUGAGUAUUGCCCAAUUUUUGGAAUCCCCUCGGAAGAGCGGGACAAAAAAAUGUCCGUAUUUAACAAAAUCCGAGAUAAGGAUUGGGGUAUAUGUCAAAAGAGCUGUGAAAAUCGUUAAGAAGUCAUAAACUUUUUGAAAAUUUCAAAUUCCAGUAGUGCCGCUCAAAUGCUCUCCACCGCCAAGAGGAUUCAACUUCAACGAAUGAGCAGCCAAGCCAGCAAUUCUACAGUAAUCUUUGUAAAAUUUACCGUAACCCUUGAUAAAUCAUUUAGAACUCACCGAUGCAUUCGCCACAACCUCCGCCGAGAACUCCGGAUUCCAUUUAUAGGGUUGGAAAUUAACUAUAAUUAUAUAAAGAUACUAAGUAGUUCAUUCAUAGCUCUUUUGCCAAUUUUGAAAUCAUUUUUUAAAACAAGAGACUUAUAAAGGAAAGACAAGGUACCGCUGAAUUGACUAUAGGAAAUUUAUCCUAAAAUUAUUAAAAAUUGCAGAUUGAACGAAGUUUGAACUCGCCAAGGGAAAACGUCGACACUUCCUUUUCAAACUCUUUUCUUUACAAAUAAUCGUUUCUGUAACGUCCUAUUGUUGAUUUUUGCGAAUAAUUUAAUAAAUAAAGGCUUUUUCCAAUGUUUUCGCAGUUAUAAUGCUAUUGGGAAGCUUGAAGAACUUGUUUCAUCUGAUUUUUUUUUUCGACAUUAUUGGAAAUUUUCUACAUUUCUUAGCUUCCAGUAUCAAAGGAUUCGCAGAUGAAAAAAAGCAUAAAAAUAAACUUGUAAAAAAAUAUAUUUCCUUCGCCUUCUCAAAUGGUCGAAUUUUUCCAAAGUGACCGCGGCCGGGAAACACAACUGAAGCCCGUAAAAUUUUUUUUUCAAAUUUCCUCUUAUUUUUUUCUUUGUAAUUUUCUUUCUAUAGAAUUUCAUUUUUAUUUCGAAGAAAAUUCAGAUGUCACGAACAGAAUUCAAGUUCAAAGUUUUCAACGCACAAUACAACGGCUACAUUUUAUCAUUUUCCGCCGAUUCUACAUGGAUUUGGGUCGGCGAACGGUGAUUCCCUAUCAAAAAGUUGUUUUCAUUGAAAGUUUAUGUUUUAGAGAUGUAAAUUCACUUGGAUUGGCCCAUUUUCCGCUUUUUUCCAUGCUAUUCGACGCCGACAACGCUCAAAGGGAGUUUCACAAGGCGGCGACGUUGAGAUUAGCCAAACAAUUGGCCGUUACUCAGGUUUUCACGAUAAAAUAUUAUAAAUAACUGAUUUUAAGGUAUUUUUUUCUCGUCUGACAUUGAAAAAUGAGGACGCCUUGUUCUCGCAGGAACUUCAUAAAGUCCUCCUUCCGAUUUUGAAAGACGCCUUAGUGGAAAUAAAAGAUAAAUCUUCUUAGGUUUGGUUUUGAAUUUUUUUAAACUGUCAUACCGGUAUUUUCGUUGUUAUUUCCAUGUGCAUUUCAAUAAAAUUUUCUAUUUUAGUAGUUCGACUUUGAUAAUUGGUUUGAAAUCCAGUUUUUCCUGUUAUUUUCCAUCUAUUUUCUCAAAAUUUCCUUUUGAAAGCCUCUUAAGGGAUAUGUGACACUGUUAGCCCGUUAUUUGUAAACUUUUUUUCUUCAGUCUGUUAAGUUUUUAAGUUAUGGAAUUAUGGAAAACAUUACAUUUUUUUAUCAUUUCAAUAAAGUUUUGCACCUUCUCAGGAAUCUUUCGUUUUUCUAACUUAGAAAUUUUUUCCAUUUCGAGUUAUUCGCUCCCUCAUUUAUAUAUAUUGUUUUAAUUUUUAAAUUUGAAUGAGAAAAAAAGUGCUUUUUGAUAUUUAAUUGAGGUUUCAUUAUUUUACUGCUAAAUUAUUAUUCUUCCAAAUUUCCAAUUUUCAGAAUGCUUCGCCUUUGCCCAUCUUUCGUCAGAAGUUCUGCCGGAAGAUUUUCGAUCACUGGAAACAGUAAAAUGAGCAGCGAACACAAGGAUCCGAGUAAAACGAAGAAAACGAAAGAGGAAAUCGUGAAGGAGAAAACGCCCAUUGGGAAACUUGAUGAUAAGGUUUGGACUUUAUUUAUUUAUUUGAUUCAAAUCUUGUUUUCCCAAAUUUUCAAGGCACUUCUAAUUAUGGGAAAGCGUUCAUGCAUGAUUUUUUUGUUUAGCUGGAAAAAUUUUUUUAAAAAUUUGGAGAAGCCAUUUUUUUUUUCAUGAAAAUUGUCUUAUUUCAAAGUCGAUUUAAGAAAAUAAUAGGUAAAAUCGGAUUUUCGAGACUUCUUUUUGAAUUUUUUGUGCCUUUUGAAAAGGUUCUCAUCGAUUUUUAAGCGGUCUUUUUAAAUAUUUCCAAAAUUUAGGACAUUCCUUAUUCGGAUCCCCACCUUCCGAGGCAUCCGGGUGGCGUCAAUCCCAACACUGGCGAAGUUUAUAACUUAUUUUAAACUUCAGAAAGUAUUUAUUUUUUCAGCGAGGAGGUCCAGCUGGACCUGAGCCAACUCGCUACGGUGAUUGGGAAAGAAAAGGACGAGUCAGCGAUUUUUGAAAUAAAAUUCUAUUUCGUGUAAUUUUUGUUGAUUUUUACCGGUAAUUUAGAGAUUUAUACCGAUUAUAUUUUGUCUAGGUGCAUUUAAUCUUGUUUUUUUCCGUUCAGUUCAAUUUUGUGCUGAUAAUAAAGUAUAAAUGGAUUUUUGUGUGGUUUUUUUAAUGUUGGUUUCAGCCAUUUUGAACUAUUUUUUUAAUGGAAUCAUUUCUCUGAAAAAAACUAGUAAAAAGAUGAAGAAAUUUUUAGCUUUUUUUCGAAGUUAAUUCCAUAUUUUUUUGAAUUUUGAAACUCAAAAAUCUUUUUUUCAUCAAUAUUCCAAGCUUGCUGAAUCUUAAAAAAAUCGAUAUUUUGAGCGAUUUUUUUCGAAAUAAAAAUUGUUCGAAUUGAGUUUCGACACGAUUUCAGACGUUUAAAAAAAUAUCGAAAAAAACAAAAUUUAGGACCUCCCAAGUGGUCCCUUAAGGGGUACCCUUAAAUACCUUACCAAUCCCUAUAGGGGCCACUAAAGCUUGCAGAAGUGGUCCCUAUUGGAGUUAUGGAAUCUAAACAAAGACAAAAAAGCCUUUCCAUGGUAAAACUCAAUAAAUAAGCGUUUUUAAAUAAAAUUGAGAGACCCCUAUAGGGUCCACUUGAGCUUUAUGGGCUAAGGGAUGAGAGCCUAACCCCUGUAGGGACCACCUUGAUUUUACCCCUAUAGAGACCACUUUUCGGGUUGUUUUGCUCCCUAACCCCUAUAGGAACCACUCGGGAACUCUUAGAUCUUUUUUUUUUAAUUUUUGAUCCAGAUUUCACGAGAAAACCUUCAGAAAUGUCGACGGAAACGGAGCUUUUGGUGGAAAAAGCUCUGAUGGCCCCGAAUGUCAUCAAUUUUUCACCCUACUUUGCCGAACCACAGAUCCAGGUGAAUAAAAAUUUAGUGAAAUAGGUUUUUUCUAACUUUUUAUAUUGUUCUUCUGCUGAAAAAUUCAAUUAUUUUGUCUCAAAAAUCUUUUUUUCAGGAACUCGAGAAAAGUAAUUCGAAUUUGUUCAAAACGCUGCAGGUUUUUUCGAUGGGUGCUUUGGAGGACAUGCCCAGUGAUGUAAGAUUUUUAAAAAUCUUCAAAAAUUAAAAAAAUAAAACCCAUUUUCCAGUGUUUUUUUCAUAGUGUAAAAGUCGAAAAAUACCUGAUUUUUUUGUCGGAAAAAAAGUUAAUUUAAAAAGACGUUUAAUUGAAAUUUUGGACGAAAUCGUCGAUUUUUUUCGAAACUUUAUAUUUAUUAUCAUGCUUACAACUGUUACGAACAAGGAUCGAAAUUGAAAUAUUGUUUCUGGUUAUAUCUGGAUAUUGAAACGUAGGUUGAGAAGGUCUUUUUUUCGGAUUUUCGACCAUUUUCAAAUAAAAAAACAAUAAAUUUGAUAAUAUAAUGCUGAAUUAUAAUGUCCGUUAUUUAAAACAGUCCUGGAAAUGAUAUUUUGAACAGGAAUAUUGAAUUUUUCAGGGAAUAAUAAUUUUUUUUGAGGGUUUUUUGAAUUUUCUCAGUUAUUCUUUUCUGAGGGAGAUCUCUUAACAGCCAAUAUUUUCCUUCCCUUCUUUCUUGAUUCAUUAUUCAAAGGUCCAAUUAUUCAGAUCAUUCUCAACCCCCUGGCUUUGAAAAAACUCCGCCAACUUUCGAUCAUUUCCUACGCUGCCGAAUCCAAUCGCCUUUCUUAUGAUGAUCUCCUAAUACGGUUUUUUCCAUCAUUUACAUAGGAAAUAUAGAAUUUUACAGGUUGAGAAUGAGCGGAGUCCGGGAAUUGGAAGAUUUGAUCAUCGACGCGAUUUACAAGGAAAUGAUCAAGGCCAAGUUGGAUUCUCAGGCCAGGGUCGUCGAGGUUUGUUUGAUCGAAUUUCCUCAUUUAAAAUAUAAAAUUGGUAUACUUUUAAUCAGCACCUUAAAAAAAGUAUAGAAAAAUUCUGAAUAUUUGAAUUUAAUUGAAUAAAUGUUAACUUUUGAAUGAUUUUCCAUGAUUCAGCAGAGAACCUACUCCGAAGACUGAAAAGAAUUUCAAUUUCAAAAUUUCAAAAAAUAACUUUUGAAACCUAGCCGUGUUAAAUUUACAUUGAAAAGGGUCUUGAAAAUGUUUUUUUUAUUUUCAUCACUUUUAAUCUGCGUCAUCUGGAGCGUUGUACAAUGUUUUUUUCAGUAUUUGUCGCAUCAAAACUUGGUAGUAUGAAAAAAAGAACAGCGAAAAUUCAAACGGCGACUUUUCCGAUUUUUUCAUAUCGCUAGGGAACUUUCCGACGGCCACUUUUUCGACGGAUCCCUUUCCGACUUUUUUCCCUUAUAGUUUUCAGUUUUUAAAACAUCUAUAAACAUUUUCUUUCCUAUUUCUUUGUGUUUUAAUCAUGAACCAACUACCUACCUUAUAUAGAAAGAUUCAAAACGAAGAUUUUAUCGAGAAAAAAAGUCGGAAAAAGUUUCGUCGGAAAGGUGGCCGUCGGAAAGUUCCCUAGCGAUAUGAAAAAAUCGGAAAAGUCGUCGUUUGAAUUUUCGCUGGUGUUUUUUUCAUACCACCCAAAACUUAUAUCCGAUCUUUAAAAACCAUCCUGUUUUGCUUUGAAAAAUUUGAUUUAUUGUCUCUUUUUUUGUUCUAGAACCCACUAGAGUGGAUUUUUAAACAUUUUUCACAAGAACGUCUUUUAAAUUAAAAAAAAAAGCCAUCUUUAGCCUUGUCCGCCGUCUUUUCCUCAUUUCCCAGAUUUCAUAGUCUUCUCUGGGAAUUUAACAUGAUUUCUCUACCCUCUAAUUUUCUGAAAGUUCUCUGAUCUUUCUCUAGCUUUUAAAGUUUGGAAAAGAUAGAUCAAGGUUGACUAGAGAUGCCAGAGAAAUUGAGGGGCUUCUCAGCUUCUCUGCCGUCUCUUCAGGCUUUUGUUGAUUUUUCGUUUCCGCUCCCCAGUCAGCGCUUUUUAAUGUAAAACUCCAAAUUUUUGAAAAUAAAAAGAGGGAUAGAUCAGGGUUACCCCGAAGAGACGCCAGAGAAACGAGGAACUUCUCUGCUUCUUUGGUGUCUCUACAAGGUGCCCUAGAUCUCUUUUUCUCGCUUUUCAGCCUUUCUGUCAGCGCUUCUGAAUGUAAAACUCCGAAUUUUUGAAAAAAAAAGAGAUGGAUCAGGGUUACCUGAAGAGACGUCAGAGAAACGAGAGAAUUCCCUGCUUCUCUGGCGUCUCUUCAAGGUGCCCUAGAUCUCUCGUUUUCGCUUCUCAGCCUUUCGGUCCGCGCUUUUUUCUUUAAGAAACCUUUAACUUAUUUCUCUAAGCAUUCAAAACUUCAAUUUCAUCCUAAAAUAUCAAGUUAAGGUUUCGGAAUGGAUGGCCCGCGACGCGUCGGCCGAUUCCUUGGCCCCGACAGUUUCCGCCCUGCAAGAAUGGCUGAGUAAUGUGAAAGCCGUUGGGAUGACGGCUGAAAGAAAAGCCAAUGAGUAAUUUUUCCUACAAAGAAGUAAGUAAACCAAAAAUUUUCAGAGAAGAUGAGCAGCUGGAAAACCAAAAAGCCAGCGCCGAAGAGGUCAAGAAUGAAAUUUCCAACGCCCGGAAGAAUAUUGAAAUGUCCAUCCGUGUCAAUGAUCCUGGUAAUAUCCUCAAUUGAUAAUUUUAAAAUGAUUUUCCGAUUUUUCAGGCCUGAACUCCCGCCGGCCACGACCACAGAGAUCUCGUUUGUCCAACUUGUUCAGCAAUAAAUAAAAUUCUAUUGUUUUUUUGUGAAUAAAAUGUUCCAUAUCAUAUUAAUUGUGUUGGUUUCGAAGCUGUAAAGUUAAAAGGCCGAAAUAUUGAAGUUUUGAGGGUUACGGUAGCCUGGUUGGACGCAAGCAUUUAAUCUUACGCUCGAACUUUCAGCGCGAAUUUUAAUAUUCUUACUUGUUUCUUUCCAAGUUCUUAUUGAAAUUUAAAAGGUUUUUUUCAUUAAAGGAGUAAUUAUUAGAAGGGAUUUUUGCUCUAGAAUGGUUUUGACUAAAUGGAUAGAACUUUCGGUAUGAUUUUGAAGAAAAAUUCAAAAGAAUCGGUUUUUCUUUUUAUAUUUUGAAGUUUAAUUGUUUUAAAUAUUAUAACGAAGAAGGUUGAUUAAUAGUACUGUACAAAAAUAAAUAUACGCUUUCCGUUUUUGUCUUCAAACGUUAUGAUCCUAAUUUCUACAUUAUUUCCGAGAAAGUUCAACAAAACGAAUUUUUUUAAAAAUUUUCGAACAUUUUUGAAUAUUUCUAAAUUUUCACAUAUUCAGAGAAGAGAAAUAUUUUUUUGAAAUAAGUUUUAGCCUCGCGGAUUUCUUGUUCACUUCAUUUCUUUGAUAUUGUAUGUGAUAUUGUUUUUUUCAUUUUCAUUUUUUUAAACCUUUUUGAAAAAAAUCUUCGUUUCUUUCAUUCUUUUGAUGGUUCAAGGACAAUUUUAUAUUCUAAUAUCAGUUCCAGAUGGUUUUAAACGACUCAUUUAAGCAGUUUUUUUCUCGCCAGUGAUAAGGAAAGGCGACGAAAGUUUAAACGAUUCCGUCCUCGACGAGGUAAUUUGGGAAUUUUUGAGAUAAAAUCAGUUUCAAGUGAAAUUCUACUUUUUCAGGGACAUUAGAAAUUAUUUUUAUUGAUUUUGAUAAAAUGUUCCAGGAGAUUCUGACACAAUCGACUUUGCUUCGAAAAUUGAGAAAAGCUCAUGAUUUUGCACUUUCUUCUUUAACGGCUCAUUCGGCAGUGCUGAAUCAGUUCCAGAAGCCUUUGAUCGAGUAAUUUAAUGAUUUUUCUUGAGAAAUCGCUAAAAAAUGGAUUUAGAAUCGUCAGUCUGUACGAGAGAGCAGAGGAAUCGGCAGAAUGCUCGAAAAGCAGCGCACUUUUGACGAUCGGAGUCUUUUGCAAUAUAUGUGCGAAUGUGCUGGCUGUAUUGCAGAAACAUGUAGGUGUUUCGGACGUUUUUAAAAUACGGGCAGUUUUAAAAUAAGGAAAGAAGCUUUAUGAAAAUGUUGUGUAAAUAAAUAAUAUUAAUAAUCUGAAAUUAGUGAGUAUGUAGUGGUUGUAUUGCAGAAAAAAAUGUAUGGAGUUCGGACGUUUUGAAAGUUCGAACAGUUUGCAUAAAAAGGGUAGAAAGUUUUUUUAAAAAAAUGAAGAUAAUUAAGAAAAAAAUUUGAGCAUGAUUCAUGAUUUAUGCGAAUGUGUUGACUGUAUUACGGAAAAAUGUUGGUUUUGAGGAAGUUUUUCGGAAGUUUGGACGUUUUGAAAGUGCGAACAGUUUGAAAAGUUAGGAAAGUGAAAUUUCAAAAAAUGAAGAUAAGUAAGACAAAUUUGAGCGUUUCUCAUGAUUUGUGCGAAUGUAUAGGCUGUAUUGCAGAAACAUGUAGGUGUUUCGGACGUUUUGAAAGUGCGAACAGCUUGCAAAAAAAUAGGAAACAAUCUUUUGUUAAAGAAAAUUGUUGGUUUCAGGGAAAAAUCUAAGAAUUUUUAGACUUUUUUUGAGACAAAAUUGAAAGAAAAAAAGGCAAAAAUCUGAUAGUGAUUUUUUUAUUUAUGAAAACCAAGAAAACUUUGAGAAUUUUCCAAGAUUUUUGCGAAUGUAUAGGCUGUAUUACAGAAACAUGUAAGCGGCUUGGACGUUUUGAAAGUGCGACCAGUUUGAAAAAAAUUAGGAAAGAAAGCUUUAUGAAAAAUAUUGUGUAAAUAAAUAAUAUAAAUAAUCUGAUAUUAGAAUGUAGUGGUUGUAUUGCAGAAAAAAAUGUGAGUGGUUUGGACGUUUGGGAAGUGCGAACAGUUUGAUAAAAAAAGGAAAGACAAAAAUUUUUAAAAAAAUUGAAGAUAAUUAGGAAAAAUUUUUAGCAUUUUUUUCAUGAUUUGUGUGAAUGUAGUGGUUGUAUUACAGAAAAAAAUGUAGGAGGUUUGAACGUUUUUGGAAGUGCGGACAGUUUGAAAAAAAUAUGAAAGAAAGUUUUAUGAGAAUAGGGGAAAUGCAAAAAUUUUUUUGAAUUUUCUAAUUUUUUUAUCUUGAGAUUUGUACGAAUUUAUUAACUCGAUUAUAGAAAAAAAUGUUUUUUUCAAGGAAAAAUAUAGGGAGUCUUGGACGUUUUUGAAAGUGCGAACAGUUCCUAAAAAUAACACGGAAAGCUUUAAAAAAAUUUAAAAAGUUUUUUUCUUGUUCCAAGAUUUUUUUGUUGAUUUAUUAGUUGUAUUGUAUGAAUUCGUACUUUCUUUCUUAAAUUAUAGGAAUUCUUGGAUUUUUGAAGGUAAUUUUAGAGAGAAUCCGAAGUAUUUCCUUUUUUUAAAAAUCAUAAAUUAAGAUACUUACCACGAAUUUUCUCAUUUUUUGGAUCCUUUUUUCAGAAAUCCCUCCAGUUCACCAUGUACCGUAUAGCCUACGGUAUCUUGUCAAAAGUCGAGGAACAAAAGGAAAAUAUUGGCGUGGAUUCGUGGGUUCUCAAUAUGGCCUUAGGUUGGUUCGAAAAAUGUUUCUUCAAUUCAUAUUUUUUUUUUUUAAAGAAUCCGCCGUGGAAUUGAAUAUGACAUUGACGACAGACAGUAUCGUGGCGACGUGGGAUGAUCCGGAAGUGAAUUUUUUAUUAUUUUCCGUGUAAUCUUCGUUUUUUAAUGGAGAUUAUUGCUUAAAAACGGAGUUUUUUAGUCAAGUUUUUUUCAUGGAAAACUUCAAUUUUCAUCAAUCUGGAAAAAUUUUUAGUGACCACUACAUGUUUUAGACGUUUAGGGACCGCUAUAGUAGUCAAAUUAGCGGCCACUAGAGAGGUCUAAGUGCUGCUACUAGACCACUGGAAAUUUUAGUGGCCACUUUAGGGGCCAAUGGAUCAUCAUAACUGGUCCAAUCUGUUUGUUUCAAAAUUAUUCAAUUCAAUUCAAUUUGUUUAUUUUUCGCAACAUCGGGAUGGUAUGGUGAUGUUGCAGGGAGGGAAAAAGACCACUAGGUGGAUUAACUAACCCCACCUAUGAAGAAAAAGUUUUUUGUGUAAGAAAGAAACAUAGAACCAUAAUAAGUAGAUAUUUAAAAACCAAGUUGAUCAUGGCACAAAUCUGUGAACACUUGAAAGAAUAUGCUCGACGCCAACAUCUUCUGCAUACACUAAAAACAUGUCCUUAAAUUUUUUCUUGUCUUCCUCUGCCAAUAAUUCAUGUUCAAUGUCCUUCCAAACAUUAGUAAUGCGAUGUGAUAAGAAAUUGAAGAAAACCAGUGAAGGUUUCGUUUUUAUUUAAAACCAUUUCCUCUGAGCUGACUGGGACGGUCAAAGAUGUUAUGUACCUGGAUGGGAGAGUCUGACCAGCACUUAUUAUGCAAAAACUGAUGUGAUAAUACCAGAUCCUUAACUAAACGCCUAAACCAAAGAGGUUGAAGACCUAAUAGUUUUAACCGUUCAUUAUAUUCCAUUCUUGGGGAAAGGCGCUUCGUGAAACGCCUCUGGACCGAUUCUAAUCGAUCAAUACCUGACUUUGUCAAUGGACACAUUAGUUCCGAACCAUACUCUAGAAUGGGAAGUACCUUGGCCUUAUAGCAUGUCAAGAAGUUUUUGUUUCGAGAAGCUAAAAACAGCGGAAUAGGUUGUUUAUAAUACGCAUAGUUUUUUUGACGAUAACUUCAAUAUUAUUAUGCAUUUUGAGGUUAGAUGAAAAAAUAACUCCGAGAUCUUUCACACAAUCCUCGUUAUUCACUGUUGUACCAUUAAGCUCGUAACUCGCAACACUUCGAACUCGUUUCCCAUAACUAACAUGGAGACUUUUGUUUGCUGAAAGUAUGAGUUCUCUAUCUGCAAGAAAAUUUUCAAUGGAAUGGAGAUCCUCUUGUAGCUUUGUUUUGAUAUCCUGGAACAGAACUGCUAAUCAUUACUUUGCAAUCAUCCGCGUAAAUCAACAGUUUACUAUAUUUAAGUGCAUUAUCAGAGUUAUUGGAAGGAUUACUGGAUGAAAAACUACUGAAGUGGCCACUAUAGCGGUGGGUUUAGUGGCCACUUUAGUGUCCUCUCCAAGUAGUCCUUGGCGAGCCUCUACAGUGGCCACUAAAAUUUUUCCCAGACUAUUUGAUUUUUUUUUCUUGCAUUCAAUGAUGAAAAAUUGAUUUCAGCUCGCCGACAAGCUGAUCGACGCGUUGACUUUAACCACUGGACGAUUUCAGCUCGUCAAAGCUUCCAUUUUUCAGUUAAUAUUUUUGGUCUUUGUAAUUUUUUGAUGUUGAAACGCUGAAAUUUUGUUGGUUUUGAGACUUUCCGUUUUUGUUUUUAUUUUGAAAUUUUGAUUUUUCAUUGUAUUAAGGGUAGAAAAAUCGAAAAAUCAAAUUUCUAUUUUGGAAGGUUUUAUUUAUCCAACUGAUAAUUAUUUCGAUUGGCUGGGAAAUUUUAAAAAAAUGAAGGUUAUUUGAAAAAUUUUUGAAUCAUUUUGUUGCUAUUUUUUUCGUUGAAAAAAAUCGCAUUUUCAAGAUUUUUUUCCUUUGAAAGUAUUUAUUUAUCCACCUUCCAAUUGAGGAAACUUUCAAAGAGAUAAUAAAUUUGAUUGAAAAAAAGUAUUUCGAAAAAGUUUAAUUUAUUCUUUUGUUAUUUUCAGAGUUUUUUUCAUUGAAAAGAAGACGGAAAAAUUUGAAUAUUCAGGAUUUUUUUGAUAUUAUAUUUUUUUCCAUCUGCGAAUUGAGGAACUUUUUGAAUAGAUAGUGAAAUUCAGACGGAGGUCUUUCAAAAUUUAUGUAGAAAAUUCAGCGACGGAGAAAAAAAUGGGGACUUUUUCUGUAUAAUUUCGAGAAAAAAGGAUUUUUUUUGAUCUAUUUUCAAUAUAAAAAAUGAAUUUUGAAGUUUUGGGAAGCUUUUCAAUCAAUUAAAUAAUGAAAUAUUGUGUAGAAAAAAAUAGGAAAAAAAGCGGAAAUUUUCAGAAUAGCCCGAGAUUUGGCCGACGAGACGCCGUUAAAAAAAUCGCAAGAUCCGAUUUAUUACACCUCAUUGAAAGUACUGUACUUUCCGCAUUUUAUAAAAAGUAAACUAAAGAUUUUUUUAGAACUCGAACCAUUUAUUAGCAACGAAGAAACACUCAAGUUACUUCUCUGGUGUAUAAAAAGGAGCGAGAUUUUCCAAAGUUGUGAGUUUUUUUUUUUGUAAGAAAAAGGUUAAAUGAUUUUUCCAGGUAAAUUUAUCGACGAGUUGUUCUCGAAAUCCCUCCCAGCGGCUCCUCAAGCAGAUGACCUUCUGAAAAGCCCGCUUUCGGUUCUGGAUGUUAAGGUGGGAGUUUAGGGAAAAAAAUUGUUUCAUUUUUGAGUCUUUGAAGGUUUUUGGAUGUUAGGGGAACGUGUGGAAAAUUUCAGAGAGUAGUAUUUUAUGUCCAAUUUUAGUUGGAAGUUCCGAUUAUUGAUAGUUUUUGAGUUCAGUUCCGAAGUUUUCUGUUGCUUAAUGGUUUUUGAGCUUGAAAAUGCUUCUUUAUUUCGUAUUAUCUCUUUGCUUUGCUCUUUUCCAAUGAUUUUAUUUCGUUUCCAGUGGAAGAUGUGUGAUUUUUAAAAGUUUUGAAAUCAUUUUUUGAACUUUUAAAGGAUUUUGAACGUUAAGCUGAUGUUUGACAAUGUUAAAUUUGCGUUUAAAUAACGAUUAUUGAUAGUUUUUGAGUUCAAAUCUGGAAUUUUCAGUUUUUUUUUGAAAUAGCAACGUAAAAAUGCACCUCUUUUGAAUUCAGCGCCCAAUUUUCUUCCUUUUUCAUGUUUUCCUUCGAUCUCAGUGAAAAGUUUGUGGUUUUAAAGAAUUUCCAUCAUUUUGUAUCUUUCAAGGUUUUUUUUAAUGUUAAGGUAACGUUUAAAAAUUUCAGAAAAAAAUAAUUUAUUUCAUAAUCAUUUUUACUGCAAAUUACGUUUAUGCAUAGUUUUUCGGGUCCUAUUUCAGAUUUUUUUCUGUUGUUUUUUUGAAAAAGUGAGCUAAAAAAAUGCACCUUUAUGUUUUUUUCCCCAAUUUUGCUUCUUUUUUUAAGUUUUUUUUAAAUGAUUUUUUUCUAUUUCAUUGAAAGGUGUCAGAAUUUAAAUUUUUUUCAUCAUUUCGGAAGGUUUCCGUAUGUUGAGGUGCAGUUUGAGAAAACUUUGAAGGCGGAAAAAAAUUCCAAAUUCCACUAAUCAUGAUUAUUGAUAGUUUUUGAUUUUUCUGUCGAAAAUUUGUGUUGCUUUUUGGAAUUUGAGCACAAAGAUGCGUUUUUUGAAAUUAGCUCCAAGUUUGGCCUCUUCUUUUUAUGUUUUUUUCCGUUCUCAGUGAAAAAAAUAGGUGAUUUUUAAAUAUUUUGAGAAGUUUUUUUGAACCUUUAAAGGCUUUUUAGAUGUUAAGCGUGUGAAAAAAAUUUCAGAGGGAAGAGAAUUAUUUUAAGUUCAGUUUUAGCUCAAGAGUUCUGAUUUUUGAAAUUCUAGGGGUUAUUUUCAAGUAUAUCUGUUGAUUUUUGGCAUAGCUCAGCUGGCAUAACUCAUUUCUAACGUCCGCAAGGUCGUAGGUUCGAGUUCCCCCGAGGUCGACCAAGCCUUUCAUCCCUCCGGGGUAGAUAAAAUUGGGAGCUGCAUGCAGCGAAAAGGCUCAAUCUCUGCCAUCGGCCUUUGGAAAGCCGGCACCGUAACUCUUCCUACGACCUCUCUUGUACCUGAUGUUCUACGAGCGCAAUUCACAACUUCUCUGCCUAAGCCACAGCUCCUGCCGCCGUUUAAACACAGUUAAAUCAAUGAAAGUCGUUUGCACAUGUAUUCUUACAUUGAAGAUGCAAUAAACAAAAAAACAAACAGUUGAUUUUUGAAGUUUUCAACGUUAUUUUGACUUUUUUUUUUAAUUUUCUCUUUUUUUCAUGUUUCAAGUUUUUAGUUCGCUUGAUUUUAGGCCGAUUUUCACAGUAAAAGAAGAAAAAAAGCCUCAAAAUCUUUUUGAAGAUCUAAGAAUCUUCAUAAUCAGCUAAAUAUAUUGAUUACACACACCUUGUCAAAAAAAAAAAAUCUGAAAGAACACGUUUUCAAUUAAUUUCACGUUUAAUUAUUUUUUUGAGCCGAUUUUACAAUGAAAGAUAAAACACUCCCAGGUAUUUCUACGUUUCGCGAACUUAAUUUAUACUCUCCUAUUCAAUUUUGUUCAGUUUUUGAAAUACAUAAUUACGAAAUAAAAAAACUCUAAAAUGAAAAAUAAUAACCUGAUGGGCAAAUUUUUCGUCUUUUUACAUUUUGCUUUUUAGCGAAUUUUUCUGGAAAAAAAGUAUCCUUGAAACGAUUUAGAUAGUCUUUUUAAGCUUUUAACGAUUUUUUUCUGAAGUUUUGAGGUCUAUUUUAAACAAAAAUAUCCAUAAAAAAAUUCACGUUUUGCGAACUUCCUCUCAAUUUCUCCCAAUUCUGAAAAAGCUUGGUAACGAAAAAAAAUCAUGAACUUCUAAAAUUGGACGAAUGUCGUGUAAAAAUUGAUUUCGCAAAGCUCCAGUUUUAUUUUUCGUCAUUUUUGAAUUUUGAUGGCCUUUUUCCUUAUAUUUUUUAUCUUGACUCGAUUUUUCUCCCCUUGAAAAUUGAUUUCCAAAAAAAAAAAGCUUUCUUUUUAAAGAUUUACAAUUUUUUUUAAACUGUUGAGCUUCCAAUUAUUUCAUAUCUUUUGAGUUUCAGAUGUUCCUGGACUCUCUGAUGUCGGUCAGCUUCACAGUGACGCCGUCGGGGCGGAAAUUCCAACAAGAACCGACAAUUUGCGCCCAAUUGACACUGACGAAAUUGCAAACGCAGUGCUGGGCUGCCCUUUGUGAUGCACCUAACAGGUGAAUCUCGAAAAAAUUUCAUUAUUUUUGAAACAUUCCAUUCUUUAUGUUUAUUGUGACCUUCAUACCGUGUAAUUUCCAAAUCAGAAUAAUUUUCUCUGUCUCUCCAAAUUUUAGUCAUCUUUUCCUUGCUCUGACAGGUAUUUUGAAAAUAUAGCUCAUCAGCUUGUCACGUUUUUCUAUCCGCCAAAAAUACCGUAUACCAAUUUAGAUCAAAUUAGAGCAAUUUUCGCUUCAAGACCUUUGUUUUUUUGAGCAGAUUUUGGUGUCCUUUUGCAGAUUUGUAGAGCAAAAAUUUCUUCCAGGGUAACUUUUUUUGCUGUUUUUUCAACUUUCUUGCGCGAAACCCCUAUAAUUUCCGCGAAACUCGAAAUUAUCUCUGACUCUCCGAAAUUUAGUUAUAUUUUUCAAUCUCUAUUUCACACGAAAAGCUUCCAGAGCUCGAAACCCCGCCCUUCGUCUGAGAUGUUCCCGUGUCGUCGACGCCGUCAGGUUGACCGACGGCGGUAGCGAAGACGUCCGAGUUCUCUUCGAGACCUGGAAACGGGUCCUCCAAUGCGCGCCUUCACAAGACGACAACGUCUUCGAGGCCGUCAGGGAGAUCGGGGACGUCUACAAGGAGAAGAUGAACAAGCUGCUGGCCGUCGGGUGGGUCGUUGUUCGAUGGGGAAAAUCGGAUCGUGUACUGUAUAAAAUCAAAAAUCGGUUGAAAAGGCGAGCAGCCAGAAAAAUAAAUGGGAUAGUCUCGGUGGGACCUGAAAAAGGGGACUUGGAAAAAUAAAACGAGAAAAGGGGACUUUUCUGUCGCCAGUCAUGCUCAUCCCAUGACUGUUUCAGAAGUUUACGGAAAAAAAGGAAUUAUUUUUUAGUGUAAAUUGUCGUUUUCGCGCUCUAAUUUGAAUAGUAUAGUUUGCUCAGAUGUUGUAGGCCAAACAGCAAACUCCGCCCUUAAAAACUCUCUGUGAAUGGCUCGCUCUCUGAUUGGUUUGAUCUAUGUAUAAGGGGCGGAGUUUGAGCGACAUUUUAUCUGGAAAGAUUAUAUUUUUACUGGGAAAACACACUACACUUUACUGGCUCAAUGAUUUGUUCUUUUUUCUUUGGUCCACAAAAGUUAAUUUUUGAAAUCAAAUAGCUUUACUUGUGUUUUGAGAGUCUUGGGCGCGAGUCGUUUCUAGGUCUGGCGCAAAAAAAAUUUAGUUUUCAACGACUUUGCGUCCUGGGAGAAUUUUUAAUGGCCACUAUAGAGGCUUGCCAAGGAUUACUUGAAGAGGGCACUAAAGUGGCCACUAAACCCACCUCUAUAGUGGCCAAUAUUUUUCAUUUUAGUGGCCACUUCAGUAGUUUUUCAUUCAGUAUUCCUUCCUGUAACUCCGAUAAUUUUGAAACAAACAGAUUGGACCAGUUAUUUUGAUCCAUUGAUCCCUAAAGAGGCCACUAAGAUUUUUAGUGGUUAGUAGGAACACUUAGACCUCUAUAGUGGCCGCUAAUUUUUAACCCUUUAAGUGGCCAUUAAUUUGACUACAAUAGUGGCCACUAAAACGUCAAAACCGUAUAGUGGCCACUAAAAAUUUUCCCAAUAAAUCGUCCCUUCAAAACUUAGGCUUUUUCGCGACUUAAAAAUGCUCUUCUCUGCGCCCUCCUCUUCUCUAGGCAACCCUCUCAUGUUCCAGUGCUAUUUUCAAAUUUCCCUGACCUCGCCAGUGAGAUAACAGAGAGACGCAGACAUUCGAAAACCGUCAAGUCACACUAUUUUUCGUUUCUUUUCAGGCCAGGCUACCAGCGCGUGACGUCAUCGGUGAGCUUCGGAAGUGGGCGGAGCGUCAACCCGAUCGCAGAGACGUUGCUCUUCCCGCUGCCGUGCGACUACGAUUUUGUUGAUGUCACCGAGGCCGAUCACAUCGGCGCCAUUAUAAACAGCGCGUUCGUCUCGAAUUCCUCUCGAUUUUUUGCGAUUAAUCCAUUUUUUGGCUUGACUGUGGUUUAUGAGCAAAGCGUGCGAAGACUUUUUGCAUUUUUUGGUUUUGUAGAAGUUAUUCAUUGAUCACAUUGUGUAAGUUUCACAGACUUCAGAGUGGUCCCUAUAGGGGCAACUUUAGGGUCCCUUGAAGCUUCUUGUCCAGGGUCCUCUCUAGAGACCACUUUACCAACCCCUAUAGUAGCCACUGAAGCUUGCAAAAGUGGCUCCUCGAUGUUAUGAACUCCGAGUGAAGAAGCAUUUCCAUGCCAAAAGAAGUCAGAAUCUAAACUUCUGUAGGGACCAACUAAGAUUUACCCUUAUAAGGGCUAUUUUUACUCUAACCCCUAUAGUGAUCACUCUGGAGUGUUACAUGAGAUGAAGAUGUCACCAGAUGGAUUAUUUUUGAAUUGGCGCCAAAACGCAUCGCAACCGCUUCGCGCCUCAACUGCAAGUACCUAACCUCAAUACGGGAAAAAUGGAUUCCAGAGAGGCUUUCACCGAAGAAGACAACGUCGACGACGAGGAUUCCGACAACGAAAAGUCUUUCCUGACGGCGCCCGAGGGAAGGCCGUCUGAUGCGUUUAGUGUGAGUUCGAAAAGGGAAACAUGGUGCUUUUUGAGAGUUUUGAACGGUACAAAAUCGUAAAAAUGAAGCUGGAAAUUCGGAGAGAAAAUUUCUAAAAAAGAAAAAAAUAUAGGGGAGUUGAAAAGGGCUUUGCGAUGCGUUCAGUGUGAGUUUGAGGACUUAGAAAUUUUCUUUUUUCGAGUAGCAUAAGUAUAGGAUUUUCAGUCCGCGAGCCUCAACUCAACUGAUAUACUACUUACUUAGAUACUUAGAUGGUCCAUCUUCGCUUUCGACCUUUUAUUGCCUUUUAGUGCCUUUUAUUGAUCGAAGCGUGGACCACACGUCUUCCAGGAGAUCUUAUGCAAUCGGUCAUCCAGUGUUGUCGUCCUGGUUGACUGGUAUGCUUGCGAAAAAGUUCCACCCGUGGGGUUGAACGUGUUAUAGCAUAAUUGUGGUCUUAUUAUCCUUUUUGCCUUGCCAGGGCUAAAAAAGACCGCCCAUUCUGUUAGCAGAAGCAAGCCGAAUUGCGUGACCGGUGUACCGUUAGCCGCCAUAAAUGGCGUUGCCUCCCCAUCACCGCGUAGAGGUGGUACUUGAAGGGGAACUGAUAUAAAGAAAAAUAAAAUGAUAUGAAAAAUGAAAAUAAAGAAAAAAACGAAAGAACCGCAAAAUGAAGCAAAAAUCGCCAUUGGUUUGAAGUUUGUAAAGAAACUCAGAAAUUGAAAUUGGUUUCUUGAUUUUUAUCAGAUCCCGUUCGAAUGGGAAACGAUUUUGAGCGUAAAAAAAUGUAGGAAAGUUUUUUUUGAACUUCGAGGUUUGAAAAUUUGAAAAAGACAGAAAGUUCGAAAGUUCCUAAGAAUGAGAAAAAUUGGAUUUUCAAAUCAUCUCAUAUUAAUUUUCCAGCUUUAGGCUAAGUGAGAAAGUUAAGUGAUUUUUCAAAGUCUGUUUAAAUUUUCUUGAAAGUCUUUCCGUGAUAUUUCUAAGAAAACUGAACCGGAGGAUCUUUCUUUUUCAGCCCAGCUAAAAAUAGUUGGCUGAAAAAAAGGUUUUGAAGCUAGAUAAAAUCUUUUUGUUUUGAGAACGUCGUUCUGAAUCUUCCCGUCAUUUUUUUAAAAUUUUUUUCCCGGCAAUUUUGAAGAAAUAUAGAACCUUUGAAAUGUUUUCACAAAGCGAAAAACGGCCAGCUGAUGAACUUUUUCGCUCGAAAAGUCUCGUUUUGAAGACAUUAUUGAGAUUGAGGAGGGUUGAGGGAGGUUAGACAAAAGUCUGCUACCCAUCUGGACCGUUUUUCCUUUCUGAAAUCGGUCCUCAAGCUUUUUGAAGACUUUUUCUUUCAAAUCCUGUCAAAUAUUCCGUUUUCAGACCUUCGUGUCGCCUAUGCACCAAGCCACCCGACUUUCCAUCCUCUCAAUGUCCCAAUUCGAGUCACCCAUGCAGAGUCCCGUCCACGUCUCCAGCAAAUCUGUCGUCCUGACCCCGUCUACCAACAUAGGAACUCCUCAGAAAGAGGCUCUGAAAGCUUUCAACUUCGGUACUCCAGCUCAAGGCACACCUCAGCCAGCUCCUCGUAACUCCAUUUUUGGCACUCCUAUGUCGGCGCUGCCCCAGAGCGUCUUUGGCAGUUCUCAGAAGUCUGUCUUUGGGACUCCGCUGAAGCCGGAAGAAGGGAUCCUCACCUCGACGCCCAAGGAUGGAGCUCAGCCAGCUCCUCGCAACUCGAUCUUCGGAACUCCCUUGUCAGCGACACCGCAGCAGAGUUUCUUCGGAGGACUUGGUCCAGCUGGAGCGACGCCUCACCCAGAUCCUUCCAACAUCUUCGGUAGCGCUGCUUCAGGAACACCUCAGCAAGCCCCUACCAGCAUCUUCGGUAGCGCUGGUCCAGCUCCUUCCAGCAUCUUUGGAAAUUCUCAGAAGUCUCUCUUCGGAGCAACUCCUCAGAAUCCUCCUGGAGCUCUCGGAGCUACUCCAGCUCCUACCAGCAUCUUCGGAAGCUCUCAGAAGUCUCUCUUUGGAGCAACAGCUCAGACGCCUUCUGGAGUAAUUGGAGCUGCCCCAGCUCGAGGGACACCUCACCCAGAUCCUUCCAGCAUCUCCUUCAGUAAUUUCCAAAAACCGCACAAGGAACGAUCUCCGACGAUGAAUGUGAGACUUCUUCAUCGCUUCUGAAGCUCAGACUUGUUUUCAGAUCACCUCGGACGAAGAUGAAGACGAGGAGGAGGAUGAUCUCCACAGUGCCCUUCUGGAAAAUAUGGAGAAAAAGGCGACCCCGAAACUCGAAGUUGUAGCUCAUCCGUGUGUGGAUCAGCCGCCCUCACCUCGCAAAGAGGUGAAUUUUUCAGGAUAUCAGGAAGAAGUUUGAGAUUUACAGGCUCCUGUCCAAAGUCCCACAGCGAAAGCGCCAGACUCGCCGUUCUUGAGCAAGGAGGAGGACGAUCAACUGGCUGACGUCCUUCUCCAGGCCAGCACAUCGAUGCUGAAGAAUAUUCACAUCAAGAAGGCGUCGCCUGAGGUGAAGCGUCCACUAGGAGUUGUGAAAGGGUCUUGACACGAAAAAGUUGAGAAUAACGUUUGAUUGGUGGAGACGCAGACAGCUUGAGAUAGUUAUCAGUGCAAAAAAAGAGUUUUUUACUUCUCCCUACGAAAUAUUGAAGUAAUUUCUGCAGCCGACCUUUGACGACUUUGCCAAAUAGUGAGAGACAAUGGAAAAUGGAGAGAGCGCUAGGAAGCUUGAUAUGAGCAUCUAACCAGGGAAUGGUCUCAGCUCACAGUGGGACUUCUGAAAGAGACCAUAUUUUCUAGAUGUAGUUUUUCACGCUGAUUCCAAAUCCGUUUUCAAAAGCUGCCACCGAGGUCUGUGAAAAAAGUUAUGGACCCUCAAAAGUCGAAAAUUUCAUAGUCUCCGAUCGAGCUCAUUUUUAGAGGGUAUAUAGUCCUUGUUUCCCUUGUCACGAUAAACCAUCAAAUUUUUUCAAAAAUUGUUUGUGAGCCAAGAUAUGAGCUUCCAAAGCCCCGCCGCACACAAGAGAAUGCGCGCGCGGUGUCCUAUUGCGAUCCGACGGCUGUCGAAGCAACGGCAGCGAGGAGCAGUGGAAAGGCGGCGGACUGGGGAUCACGAGGUCAUAGGUUCGCUGCCCACGCUGUGCAAACUUUUUUUGCAGUUUAUUCUUUUUUGGAUAUUUUCGUGUAAGUGCUUCUUUUUUGAGCUUUGAAGCGUAAAAACAUGAAAACACUGCGUUUUGAGCCUAUUCAAACAGCUGGACUUCUUUUUGUCGCAAUUUUUUUUCAUGGAUUUUUUCGUGAUUUUCCAUGUGUAUGAGCAUGGGCUGGGGUGAAGGAAAAUUUUUUUGGUUUUUUUUUUCUUCUUUUGAAAGCUGGCUAUACGCAAGUUUUCAUAACGCAGACAUUUUUUCCGGAAUUUUUGGCUCCGGUUUUUACUUACCACUCUACGAGAAGAAAAAAACUUUCAAUUUUAUUUCAGGUUGUGGCUGAAAUUUCCGAGGAGGUUUCUUUGACUCAUAAAUAAAAAAUUCAAAACAAACUCCCCACAAAAAUGUUUCGUUCAAUGUGAUUCCUGAAAAUUCAUAGUCAGACGGCAAAAGGCGACGGUAAUAGGUGAGCCCACUGCAAAGCACGAAGAGUUUAUUGAAGAAAAAGACAAGCGUAACUAUGAUGACUUGGGGUUAGACAAUAUUUUGAAGAAGGAAAGAUAAAAAAAAAAACCAAAAAAAUUUUUCUGAAAAUUUUCUCACUCCAGCCCAUCAUACACAUGGAAAAAUCACGAAAAAAUCCAUGAAAAAAAUUUGCGACAAAAAGAAGUCCAGCUGUUUGAAUAGGCUCAAAACCUAGUGUUUUCAUGUUUCUACGUUUCGAAACUCAAAAAAGGAGCACUUACACGGAAAUAUCCAAAAAAGAAUAAACUGCAAAAAAAGUUUGCACAGCGUGGGCACCGAACCUAUGACCUCGUGAUCCCCAGUCCGCCGCCUUUCCACUGCUCCUCGCUGCCGUUGCUUCGACAGCCGUCGGAUCGCAAUAGGACACCGCGCGCGCAUUCUCUUUUGUGCGGCGGGGCUUUGGAAGCUCAUAUCUUGGCUCACAAACAAUUUUUAAAAACAUUUGAUGGUUUAUCGUGACAAGGGAAACAAGGACUAUAUACCCUCUAAAAAUGAGCUCGAUCGGAGACUAUGAAAUUUUCGACUUUUGAGGGUCCAUAACUUUUUUCACAGACCUCGGUGUCAGCUUUUGAAAACGGAUUUGGAAUCAGCGUAAAAAACUACAUCUAGAAAAUAUGGUCUCUUUCAGAAGUCCCACUGUGAGCUGAGACCAUUCCCUGGUAAGCAUUGAGUUAGCCGCUUUCCGACAGCCAAAAGUAGGAUUUUAAGCAAAUUUCGUUGCGCCCGACCUUUCACGACUUUGCCAAAUAGUGAGAGACAAUGCUUUAUGAAGAGAGCGUUAGAGGCUUUUUUGCCUGACCAAACUGAAACUGUGUGAAACUGGGAUCCAAAAAGAAGGUUCUAAAAAGGUUCCGACAAGUUGAGCCAUUCCAAAUGCGACCAUUUCAGCGGCUAUUGAUUAAUUUGUAUACUUCUAGAAAGUUGAAACGGAUGAACCGGAAAAGGAAGACAGCUUUGACUUUUCUGACUUCGAUAACAAGUUGAAAUCGUGAGUUCACAACGGAAAUUUCAAUAAUUCAACGAGAUUUUUUUUAGAAUAUCGGGUAGUCUGAACACGACGAUCACGAACUUCAAUCAGUUCUGCAAGAAAAUCUCGCCUUCCAAGAAGGAGCCUGAACCUGAGCCGGAGCCAAAAACGCUGUCCUCCAUCGACUUCACGCCGUUCGCCCUGUCUCCCGGGUCUUCUUCGGCGAAUUUAACCCUGAAAUCGACCCCCGGCCCUGGAAUGAUGACCGAUUACGUGGCGCCGCCGAAACCGUCCGCGGCUCAAAUGAGAGAGGCUGAAAUCGAACGGAGGACCGAUGUUCUGGUAGGUAUACGGUAGAAAAACAGCUGCGGGAAGAAUAGCUUCGAAAAAUUUAGUUGCUUGAAUUUUUCAGACGUCAGAUCUUGAACCCCUAAAGCGACCACUCAAAUUUUACCCCUAUAAAAGGCACUUUUUUCCCCCUCAAGGAUUUGUUUUUUUCCUCUCACCCUUAUAGGGAUCCCUUAACCUCUAGGGACUUGGGGGUAAGAUUUUAAAACCCUAAAGCGACCACCUAGAUUUUACCCCUAUAAAUCAAUCAAAAUGUUUUAUUUCUCACACACAAGUACUAAAUUUCACGAAAUAGAUGUAGGGAGAGUUUGGGAACAUAUGUGUCGGAAACUUGUGGUGAUGGAGGGAAGAGGACUCGCGGUCGUGUUAACCCCCCACUUGAGUAAAUUGGAAUAACCUUGAAGUUAUUCUUUUAAAUGUCGAUUAUGUAGCUUUCAUAUUUUUGUUGGAUCAAGAGUGUUUAGUUCUGUAAUGUUGUUUUCAAACCAUUUCUCGAGUUUAGAUCUGAACUUAUUUUUUUCAUACUCAAAUACUAUGUUUCUAUCCAUGUGAUUCCAUUGAUGGUAAACUCUUUGAUUGAUGAACCGGUAGUGUAUGUCAGAAAGUAGAGGCCGCUCUAUUUUGAGACCAUUUCCUCGCAGUUGAUUCGAUCUACUUGUUGUAUUUUGUAAAGGGAUUGGAGAUGGGCACCAAUAGUAUCCGUAAAUGAAAUUGUGAGCAGCAGUUAUGUCUUUCUUUAAACGUCUUUGCCAAAGGGUGUUUAGUCCGAGACGUUGAAGUCUUUCUUUGUAAUUCAUUUUAGGGAAAAGUCUUUUAGUAAACUUCCUUUGAACUGAUUCCAAUCUAUCGAUAUCUGUUCUUGUUAGAGGACAGAAAAGUUCUGACCCAUAUUCAAGAACAGGUAAAAUCUUCAACUUGUAGCAAUUCAUGAAGUUAGUGUGCGAGAAGGUAAAACAUCUAAAAAGAUUAUUCACGAUUUUCUUGCAUUUUUUCACAAUUACAUUCACGUGACCAUUCAUUUUUAAAUUAGAACUAAAAUGUACUCCCAGAUCUCUGAUGAAUACAUCUGUUGGAAUUUUUUUGAGCCAUUUAUUGUGUAAGAAGGGUUCUCAGUAUUGGAUUUACCAUAUCUGACAUGUAUACUCUUUGAGCUCGAAAGGACAAGCUGUCUAUCUGCUAGCCAGUUAUGAAUAGAGUUUAGAUCUUCCUGAAGCUUAUUUUUCGAAAUUUUCUAUUUUUCGAGCUUAUCAUUAAUUUACAAUCGUCGGCAUAUGUUAAUAGUUCGCUGUGUUUGACUACUUUAUCAAUAUCAUUGAUGUAAAGUAGAAAAAAACAAAGGACCCAAACAACUACCCUGUGGUACACCCUGAAAGUACGGGAAUUUCAUCGGAUAGAGCUUCAUUUAUGCGUACCAUUUGAGUACGUCCAAUGAGAUAGCUCUGAAACCAGGAGAGUAGCCGACCAUUGCAACCAUAAGAUCCCAGUAAGUUCAACAUUCUUCGAUGUGUUACGGAAUCAAAGGCUUUACUUAUAUCCAGAUAAAUUACGUCAACUAUGGCUUUUUUUCAUAUACGUUUUGAAUCAAAUAUUUUUUUGCUUUUUGAAGCAAUUGCGAAACGGUAUUUCUGUUGUUCAAAAAAAUCCGUAUUGGGCUUUGGAUAUUAUGUUUUUUUGUUCCAAAAGAUGAUUUCUUAAACUUCUAACGAUAAUGGAUUCGAGUACUCUGCAUGGGACACAUGUUAAACUGACAGGUCUGUAGUUUUGAGGCUCACUAAGGCUUCCUUUCUUAUAUAUAGGUCGAACUAUUGAUUUUUUCCAUAAACUGGGCAAGCAUGAGGUGUCCAAUGAUUUUUGGAAAAUCAUUGAUAAAGGUAGUGCCAAAGGGGCCGCUAGUUUUUGUAUUAUGAUAUUAGACAAUUUAUCCGGACCGGCAGAAUGUAAAGGUCUAAGCUUCUUCAAACAUUCGUAUACGAUAUAUGGCUCAACAUUUAUUUCUUCCAUACUUCUAACCGAGCUCGUAUUAUUUAUGAAUGGUCUCUCAUCGUCUUUAGUAAAAACUGAACAGAAGAAAUCAUUAAAUGGCGCUUUUUUCUUCUCAAGGGGUUGUUUUUUUCCGCUCAAGGGGUUGUUUUUUUCCGCUCACCCCUUCAGGGACCACUCUGGCGUUCUUAAGUAACAACUGAAUUUUUGAAUAGAUGAAAGCCUUUUUUUGGACUCUCAAAUUUUACAAAAAACUUUUUUUUGAAGGUUUUUUCAGGAUUCGCUUCCUGUAGAGGUUAAUGUCUUGGAAAAAAAGUUAGUCCAGAGAGAGUAGAUAAAAAAAUGUUGUAUUUGAAGAAGCGCUAAAUGUGCCCCUUUUUGAAUUUGAACAAUGAACUGAAUGAGCAUUCAGAUGGAAAUGGUAGAAGACCCGGAGGCGUUCGACAAGGCGACCACCGCCAUGUUCAGUUCGAAUCCGCAGUCUUCGAUGGCCGACGUCGGGUUCUUCCAGAAGAACGCCUUGUUCAGAGGUGGUCUAUUAGCGGUUUCAUGUGAUUCAGAAGUAUUCGAAAACUUUUUUCAUUGUGAAAACUUGAAAAGUUUCAUUAGAAAUUAGUUAAGGACUCACUUAGAUCCGCAACAGAGCUGUAACCGAAAAAAAUUGGUCUCAUAGCCUCAAGUUAUCGUAAUUUCUCAUAACUUCAACUUUUUCGAACUCGUCUAGAUUUUUGUAGAAACGGCUCAAGGCGUUUUUGUUAGUGGAAGAAAAUGCAAAACUAAAAAUGAAGGGGGCGUGGUCAAAAUCUCCGCCGUUCCCAUGUGACGUCGUGGGAAAAACGCGUAAACAACAGGAAAUGUUAAAGGCGCAUUCAAUGGGUCCUGAGACGAAUCUCUUUCUCAUUUAAAAAACGCGAUUUUUCUGUUUUUUUUUUCAAAAAAACACAUGCCGCGAAAUUGAAAAUAGCCACGAGAGAGGGGAAAAUAUAACUGAAUUUCAAAAUUUCAGAAAGGAUUUUGAACUUCGCGAAAAUUACUCAGAUCGUGGCAUGUGCCAGAACGCCGCAGUGUAUGCACACGACACACUACACUUUACGGAAAAAUAUGGGCGGGGCGUCGCAAAAAAAAAAACGCCAUGGGUUCCUGAGCAAUGCUUUAAAUAAUUGGAUAUGAUGCUUUUGGACUGAACGCAAAAUACCAACAUAAUAUAUAACUUUUUUAUAUUCGUACAGUCAAAUACUGCAUACAAAAUUUAAAUUAUAACAAGCGUCAGCAUCUCAAAAAGCGUCAACGGCCACCGCGUUGACGCAAAUGUAGGGCACACCUAACAUAAGUAAUUUUUUUGUCAAGUCCCCCACAGUUUGCGGCCGAACCGAGGUUAUUCCAAGUAUGCUGAGUCUUCAUAGGGUUUGAAAAAGUUAUCAACUUGGAACUUUCUGAAACAGCUGAGGAGGCCUAACUUUCCGAUCCACGGCGUUUUUCUUUAAAUUUUCUCUCAAGCACCCCUGUAAGGACAUACCGUAUUCUGUGACUUUGAAGAAAAAGGAAAAAUUAAACUUCACCCUUUAAAGACAUGCCGCGAACUGGGCCAAGGAGUACGGUGCCGCUGGUGAUGUCGCCCUUGGUGACGUCAUCAAAGAAGACGACGUCUCCUGAAACGCCGAAUCACGACGCGACACGAUGCCUCGGCUGUCAGGACGACGCCAAGCAGGAAGCCGCCCUCCGACGUCUCGACCAGCUCUCCGCCGAGUGGGACCGAGAAGGAGACUCCUGA